AGUGGAGGCGAUGUAUGCGUCAGAGCAGAGAGAAAGUGCGCUCGAUCGUUAAAGAGAAGAAUCAACCCCUGUUAACUGCACAGACGGUGGCGGAGAAACAGACUCAACAUAUCACUAACACCACAUGCGUCGCAUUUUGGGACAUUUUUACAUGAUUAUUCAAAUUAAUGCGGGAAUUAAAGCUGUUUGUUUCUUCGGAUACACACCAACGACCAGUCGAGGAUACAGAUGAGAGUGACAGUUCUAGUGAUCAGCGCAGUUCAAGUGCGUAAAAGAGAUAUGUUGGAGAGAAUGAUAGCGAAACACUCGACUUAGAUCCACGCAACAGCCACACACUGGAAAUUUAAAAACAAACUGAAAAUUUCCACAUUCUUGCAAUGAGCGAUGAAAGCUCGAAUAUCAAAUAUAUUAUUUUCCUAAAGUUGACAUAUCUUGGAAAAACAACGAAUUCCUUUCCUUUGAAUCUGUGAAAGAAAAGCGCAGCAAAUGCGUUGUUUGUUGUAGAGCAAUAGAAUGGAGAUGUGGUGUGGAUGCUGAAAGCAGUCAGGAUGCUGAUGCUGAGAGUUGCGUGGGCUCUAGCGGGAGCGGCGAUCUGCUGUUUUCUCAUCAUUCUCAUCCACUCUCGCUUCCUACGAGAAGGACAACUGGCAGCAGGCACCUGUGAGAUUGUCACUCUAGACAGAGACAGCAGUCAGCCACGCAGGACGAUUGCCAGACAGACGGCCCGUUGUGCAUGUAAGAAAGGACAGAUUGCCGGGACAACGAGAGCCAGGCCAGCCUGCGUGGAUGCUCGUAUCAUGAAGACCAAGCAGUGGUGUGAAAUGGUGCCCUGUCUAGAGGAUGAAGGUUGUGACCUGUUAGUUAAUAAAUCAGGCUGGACUUGUACACAGCCCAGCGGCAGAGUGAAAACUACAACGGUGUCCUAACAGUGAAAGGGGUUCCUGGAGCACCACGAGAUGAAGCCUCUUGCUGUUUCGCCCACCUGCUGUAGAUACUUGCUAUGUCUCAUCUGCUUAACACCUGGCUCUGC